AUGAAGAUAAGCUCUGUGUUAUCGCUGCUUUCUGUAGGAAGUUUAGCCGUCCUUGCCAAAACCAAGGACGGGAUUACCCUAACCGGAAUCGAUCUCGAUGAGCCCAAGCAUAUUAACAAGUGUGAAGAUGGCAAGUGCCAAGAAAACGUUACAUGUCCAUGUGCAAAUGACCAUAAGCAAGAGUUAGUAGAAGAUGUGGCAGAUGCAGAACCAAAGGACGAUGUACCUAAAAAUAUAACAGUUCCUAAGAAGGAUUCAAGCAAAGAACAAGGUGAUCUCUCACCAGAAGCCCUUAAAGAGUUAUCCGUACUUAACACCCUCAUCAAAGAUGAUGAAAAGGAGAUUACUCCUGAAGAAGUUGUAUCUGUUGAUAAGAGAGGAGAACUCGAUGUUAUCAAGGAAUCUCCAAAUGUUCCCCAAGAAGACAAGGAGCCGGAACAAGAUGAAGAAGAAGAAGAUUCUGGAAACUUGGAGUCUGAACCAGAACCAAAAGAACCAAAGCACCAAACAAGGUCAGAAUCACAUAGAUAUAAGCACGUACAUGAGUAUGAAUACUUGCGCAUAAGUGACAUGAAUAGUGAACCAGUUGAAAAGGUGAAGCAUAGAGAGUAUAAGAUUAAACCAAAUGGCGAAAUCGAGGAUAUUAUAAGAUCAGAUAAAGAAGAAACAAAAACAGUAGAGCAUAGCACUCCAAAGGACGAUAAGAUACCCACUCCCACUGACGAGGUAACUGAAACACCUGAGGAUGAUGAAGCAUCUGACGACGAAAGUAACAGUGGCAAUAGUGUUAAUGAUUUUGUUUCAGCACUAAAAAGCGCUGUUCCGGCAUUGAACACUACUGACGAUGUAGAGUUAAAAAAGGAUGCAAAGGAUCUUCUUUCACAGCCAUUCAACAUAAAGGAGGUGCUGGAUGCCGUUCCAACUGAGAGAUCAGGGAACUCCCCUACAGCUAAAAAUGCUCAAGACGGAGAUGUUUCCGAGGGAGGCGCAUUGAGAGGACUCAAGUCUAAGAAGAGGAAAAGCAAAAAGGCCAAAAAAUCCAAGAGUAAAAGCAAGAAAGCUAAGAAGAACAAUAAGAAAAACAAGAAGGAUAAGAAAGAGAAAAAGGACAAGAAGAGAAAGGAGAUCAGAACUAAACUAGAAGCACUUAGGGAGCAAGAAGAUAGGCUACAGGAACAGCUAGAACAAGAAAAGGAAAGGAUCAGAAAUGCAGAGGGACUCGAGGAAAAGGAGAAGAGUGAAGAAAAGAGAUUAGAAAGGGAACUGGAAAGAUGCAGGAAGAAUAUUGAAAAGCUUGAAAAGAAGCAAAAGAAGGAAGAAAGGAAAGAGAGACAGAGGCUAGGAAAGGAGAAAAAGAAGGAACUUAGGAGGGAAAGGAAGAGACUAGAGAGAGAAGAAAAGAAAAUCUUGGAUGAAGAAGACGAAGAAGAGGAACUAAAAAAUAGAAGGAAAAACGAUUUAGAUGACGAUGAGGGACAAAACGGACGGGACUUUCCAAAUUUUGACGAUGACUCUGAUCAGGAUUGUGAAGAUGGCUCAUGUGACUCAUAA